GAACCACCAGUGGCGCCCUUUCUCUGCAGGAUCUCUGAAGUGCCCUGCGGUCUUGAAAAAAAAAAAAAAAAAUACCCGAGUCAGGUGUGCGUAAACAUAACGUUGUACGGGAUUUGCGCAGGCAGCCGCGGAAGGGGAAUAACCGAUUCGUGCGUAUUUUUUUUCUGUGGGAGAAAUUGUCCGAGGGGUUGGGCCAGAGAUCCUGUGGAAAAUGCUGCCUCCGUUUAGCUGCUACCCGUGCCGGGGUUCGGGAGUUGUCCGGCUGAUGGCACACACAAGCUGCUGACGACAACGUGAAGAUCGAAAAGAGGUCGUCUUGUUCGUCAAACCCACACGCGGCACUGCGACCCUUUUUUUUUCUCUCUGUGGAUAGAAAUCAUCAUGCCGAGCUCCGACGGAGGGACGUGAAAAAUGAUCCACGCUCCGUGAGCUGCCACAGCCGACGACGUGUUGCAAUUACGCGGAGAACCAAGAAGCUGUCGGUCUCUCCAAGAGGGUGGAACACGACCGUGUAAUUUACAACGCUCUUUGAUGGCAUGCACCAGGCUCGCCUGACAGCCGGCUCAUAACCGAGUAAGCUGCGGCUCUUUGAUGUCUGUCGAUCCAUUCAUCCUACCCGUUGUAAUGACGUCUGUACGGUUGUUAUAAUUCUAUCGGUGAGGCAUUUGUGAGAAUCCCCUCCCCUCCUCCAAACCCCUGGGCCGGGUGUCGGGGAGAGUGAGGCUGGUCGGCUGUCGGAAGGAUAUGGGAGAGCGAGCGGAACCGAUGCAGUGGGUCUUGGCAAGGCACCGUCAACAUACAGGGCAGUGAUGCCUGGCAUGGUGAUGUUUCGGCGGCGCUGGUCAGUUGGCAGUGAUGACCUGGUGCUGCCUGCCCUCUUCCUCUUUCUAUUGCACUGCAUCUGGUUGGUGGUUCUGUCCGUGGUGCUGUUCGGCCUCCCGUACGGCUCCGACCAGUCCUGUUCUGUAACGCUGGGGGACCAUGGCAGAGGGUACCUGGGCAUCCUGGUCAGCUGCCUUAUCUGUGAGAGCGCCAUCAUGUGGCUGAGCAUGAGAGGCAGCAUUCUGUACACACAGCCCAGGGAAGCUGUGCAGUAUGUCAUCUAUAUACGGCUUGCUAUUCUGUUGGUAGAGCUAGUAUAUGCUGUGGUGGGAAUUGCCUGGCUUGUCCAGUAUUAUCAGCCGUGCUCUGAUGUCACUGCCAAAAACCUGGCUUUGGGAAUCGUUGCAUGCAACUGGCUAGUCAUUUUCAGCGUUUGCAUUACCCUCACGUGCACCUUUGAUCCCACGGGUCGGACUUUUGUCAAACUGAAAGCCACCCGUCGGCGCCAGCGCAACCUGACAACGUACACACUCAGACACCGGCUAGAGGAAGGCCAAGCCAGCAGCUGGAGCAGGAGACUCAAGUUCUUCAUGUGCUGCACGAGAGCCCAGGAUACACAAUCGGAUGCGUAUUCAGAAGUGGCCAGCCUCUUUGCAGAGUUCUUCAGAGACCUGGACAUUGUGCCUAGCGAUAUUAUUGCUGGCCUGGUACUUCUCCGCCAGAGGCAGCGGUCUAAGAGAUCUGCUAUCCUGGACCAGGCCAACAAUGACAUCUUAGCCUUCUUAUCUGGAAUGCCUGUCACUCGUAAUACUCGAUACCUGGACCUUAAGAACUCGACCGAGAUGAACAUGUACAAGGAUGUGUGUUAUUACAUGCUCUUUGCCCUGGCUGCGUACGGUUGGCCCAUGUACCUAAUGAGGAAGCCUGCCUGUGGGCUCUGCCGCCUCGCCAGCUCCUGCCCCUGUACUUCCGGAUCUGGCUCUCGGUUGUCUCAGGCUGUGACAGUGGAGGAGGACAAUUGUUGCGGCUGUAAUGUCCUGGCCAUACGGAGACACUUCCUGGACAGGGACCUCAAGCAGGUUCAGAUUGUCUACACAUCCUGCCACGAUGCUGUUUACGAGACCCCGUUUUUUGUGGCAGUGGAUCAUGCGAAAAAGAAGGUUGUCAUCAGUAUAAGAGGAACCCUAUCGCCAAAGGACGCCUUGACUGAUCUGACGGGGGAUUCUGAACGUUUGCCUGUAGAGGAGCAGCACGGGACCUGGCUUGGCCACAAGGGGAUGGUUUACUCAGCAGAAUACAUUAAGAAGAAACUGGAGCAGGAAAUGAUCUUGUCACAAGCCUUCGGAAGAGACUUGAACAAGGGCACCAUGCACUACGGGCUGGUGAUAGUCGGCCAUUCUCUGGGUGCAGGCACUGCUGCUAUCCUCUCCUUCCUACUGAGACCUCAGUAUCCCACACUUCACUGCUACUCUUACUCUCCACCUGGUGGCCUUUUUAGUGAGGAUGCCAUGGAGUACUCCAAAGAGUUUGUCACAUCAGUGGUAUUAGGAAAAGACCUGGUACCAAGGCUCGGCCUGUCACAACUGGAGGGUUUCCGACGCCACCUUCUGGAAGUCUUGCAGAAAAGUAACAAGCCAAAGUGGAGGAUCAUUGCGGGAGGCACCAAAUGCAUCCCCAAAUCAGAGCUUCCAGUAGAGGAUGAUGAUCCUCAGUCUCAGCCAGCAGCGCCCCCCAGCAGUCGCCUGUGGCUCCACCCCAGUGACCUCAGCAUUGCCCUUUCAGCCUCCACCCCCCUCUACCCUCCUGGCAGGAUCAUCCAUGUGGUGCACAACCAUCCUCCAGAGUCAUAUUGUGGCCAGGAGGAGCCAACCUACUCAGCCCUGUGGGGAGACAACAAGGCCUUCGAUGAGGUCAUCAUAUCACCUGCCAUGCUUAAUGAGCACAUGCCCCACAUGGUGAUGGAGGGUCUCAACAAGGUACUGGAACCAUUAUGUCUCGUGUCUGAGCAGGAAAACUCAGGACCGGAAGAACUGGAAGCCAAUCAACCCACCAACAAUACCACUGUGGUCAUAACCUCGCAAACAGAAUUUAACUCUAGUCCUCUUCCCUCUGAUUCCUCCCUUCCCGCCAACACUGAUGCGUCUUUCACUGGUUCCCUCACAGGGACCGAGGCUGUCUCCGUCCCUCUGUCUGUCGUUGCUUCUUCCUCUUUUUCAGAUGCUGAGUCUGUUCCUCCUUCUCCUCCUCUGUCAGACUGUACUUCUGCCUCACAGCCGUGCUCGGUGUCUGUCCGUUCAAUGUCUAAUAGUCCUUCCAACUCUCACUCAGGAGCCCUCUCAGUUGGAGAUGAUUCAUGUAUUCCACCACAAACCCAAUCCGAUCCAGCCGAUUCUCACCUUGGCGUAGAUGUGAUUGCUGCUCCCGUUUCUGAAAUCCCAUCUGAUGAGUCUAACUGUGCUCAGAUAGAAAAUGAUCCCCUGAAGAUAGUAAUAUCGCAUAGCUCUUUCCAAAAACAUGAAGUCUGUAGUUUACAAGUGCAGAACAGUCCCUAUGAUACUCUUGUAUAGACUUAAUGACUUCCCAGUAUUUGACUUGGCCCUCAUUAGCUUCUCAGCAAAAACACGUUUAACAAUCUAGUCGAAUCUGUGAAAGGAAUAAUUUAUCGUGGAACAUUUUAAAACGGUCAGUGUUGCUUUUAAUACUGUGGCCAGACUCAUGACGUGACGUCGUGCCCAUGAGGUGUAACGGGAGAAACAUUUUGCCUGAUGUUAAAACUCAGGGUUUGGUGUUGGUUUUCUUGAAGAAAGGCCUUCUUAAAAGGUACUAAUAUUUAAAAAGUGACCAUAGAUGAGGUGGAGAGAGCCUGACAGUUCCUCCACUAAAAGAAGUCACAAAAGACUGAUGCAACGCAGCUCAACUGAUACAACAGUUAAGUGAAACUGUGAACAUGUUCUCUCUUGCUGCGCAAAGACUUCCAUUUGCUCUUUCCACUUGCACAUAAAAACUGGUGACUGGGUGCCACAAGUCCAGGCAAGUAGUCCAGAUGCCAUCACAAAGCAAGUUGAGGCAAGGAAUCUGUAUACAUGACAACACCGUGAUGAGGUAAAUGUCAUCACUAAGUAGCCCCUGGAAUACAUCACCAGCCUAUGGUGCAUAUAACUGUACCAGAAUAAUCCCUUUUUAAAAUGUGGAGUCUUACAACCCUGCAUGAUACGUCCAAACCCACCUGCACUCUUUCUCUUGUUAAUGACAUUCACCCUCCAGCUUUCCUUAAAUCAACCCUUCAUUCUCUUCCAUUCCUCUCACAGCCACCGUACAUUUGCUGAAGUGCUGUGGUAUGAACCUGCUAACCCCGUUUCUCAAGCUAACAAGUUUUCUUUGUAUGCACAAAGUUUCCAUGGUAACCUAAUUUCUUCCACAUUAACUGCUCUUUCUUCCUUCUUGGCAGGGUUUUCCAGUAGCUGCAGCUCUUCUCUUCUCCCUUUUUGCCUUUUGAAAGCACACAUUUAGCCUUUCCUCAAUAAUCCCUUCAAGAAAUUGUCAAUUACUCAUCAGCAGCAGAUGGAGUAACAAGGGGGGACAAAUGAUUCAAUAUGGAGAAUUCGGCUCGUCUCCACUGCUCUGCUGCUAAAUUGAUGCUCAACGAAUCUUAGCAAAUUCAUAAUUUUCUCUUAUUACUAACUUGUUACAGUGGAGGGCUGAUUACUGGAAUUAUAUUUUAAUGUUCUCCACCAUGCAUUUUAUAUUGCCAAGUCAAAAUGUGCUUUCAUAAAUUAUACAUGUCAUGUGAGUCUAUGGCUGUAGGGGUUGCAGUACAUUAUUGAAUAAUGGAAAACUCCAAGGAUGAACUUUUAAGUAUAGAUUUCUGUCUCUGGGUACUCAAUCUGCAGUCUCAUGCUUUGUUUAGUCAUUGUGGCUACAAGUGCAGGUGAUAUUUUGAUAUUGUUGGUGCCAAAUAUUUGCUGCAGUUUUAUCACUCACAGAAAUCUUGUCCUCAUGUAUCAUCGGACACACUCACCCAUGUAACGUCUUCAUGUUUUGUGUGAUACAUCUGCAUAACCCAAACAUCAUAAGCAUGUUUGUUUUAAUGGCAUUUUUAACUUAAAGGGCUUCUGUCCCUCUAAUUUUCAGUCUUUGUUUACAUUCAUUUCAACUUAUCUGUUGCCAUUUUAUCUUCCAUUGUCGCAUGAAUUGUAUGUUGUUGUUUUUUUUGUGUUUUCAUGUUGUCUCACUGCUCUACUUGUUUUCAUAUCAUGAUGUGCUUCCACCAAGUGUUUAAACUCAUUAAAGUAAACCAAAUACAUGUAAUCGUGUGUUGAUGUGAUUUGCUGUUAGUGUUUGUUCUCCUCACAUUUUUAACUAUUAUUAACGCAACACCGUUAACAUUUUGUGGGACAGAGUGUUUCUUGUAUGUUGUCAGAGUUGCUUACACAGUUAUCUAAUGUUUUACCAUCUAUUUAUCAUAUUGUAGGUCUUGCAUAGUUCUUGCUCAGGCAUCAUGACUCCAUUGUGGGUGUUUAUUGUCAGAUGGAGUAGGUGAUGGCUCACUAUUAGACUACUCUUACAUUUAUCUGGACAACACUGUGCCUCUUUUUUAACACUAUAAUAAUAUAUGUAAUCAUAUCUGGGGUUGAAUAUAGAUUUAGUAGAAGUGUGUGUGUGUGUGUGUGUGUGUGUGUGUGUGUGUGUGUGUGUGUGUUGAUGAUCUCCAAACUAUUAAUGGCCAGAAGUUUAUACAUCAAUCUAAGAAUUUAUCUAAACCUGUUUUUUAUUAUUAUCCCACCUGUUGACCAAGAAGCAAUGUGUUUUUUUUUAAAGAUUUAAAAAAAUAUAUAUAUCUUAAUUCUGUCAGACAUUUGAGAUUCCUCUGCAUCCAGUUUUUUUUUGGAGAAUAGCAUAGAAAAAACAUUUUUUGGUCUUCAAAACUAAGCAAGCAAGCUAAAUCGUUUGAAUGUCUUGUUUUACUCCAGCAGUUAAGUCAUUUCUACUUGAUGUAGUUAUUAUUCUGUUCAUGUGGAUUCUCAAUGCACAUCCUCCCUCCUCUCUUGCUCUCACCGUGCUUUUAUCGGUCAAGUCACGUGUCUGUACACCUUUGUG